UAGAUGGAGCGCUCUCCUGGCCGCACUCGCAGCUUUUCCUCUCCAGUCCGUGGGCAUUGUUGUAAAAACAGAAGGACAAUACAAGAAUAGAGUGGCGGAUAAUAGAGCCUCAAAAGGGGCAUCAGGGAAUUUGUCCUCUAUAUGAGAGCCGUGUGUCGGCUGAAGUUUAGUUUUACAGGCAGCGAGCAGACAAACGGAGGAGGCAUGACUCUGAGACGGAGUCCAAGUUUUGCGGUGCUGUGCGUUCAUGUGCUUCUGCGGUGCCUGUGGAUGAGGGUUUGCGAGGCGUCGGGGCACUUUGAGAUGCAGGUUUUGUCCAUGCAGAACUCGAACGGCGAGCUGCAGAGCGGCGCGUGCUGCGACGGCGCGCGCGUCGCGGCGGACCGCUCGUGCGCGGCGGACGAGUGCGACACGUUUUUCCGCGUCUGUCUGAAGGAGUAUCAGUCGCGGGUGUCUUCGGGAGGCCCGUGCAGCUACGGAAGCGGAUCUACUCCCGUUAUCGGUGGGAAUACUUUUUCUGUCAAGCCCCUCGACGGCGCGAGCGAUAAAUCCAGGAUCGUGCUGCCCUUCAGUUUCGCCUGGCCGAGGUCAUAUACAUUGAUUGUUGAGGCUUUGGACUUCAAUAAUGACUCAAGCACCGGCAGCAUCAACGGUCAAGUCAUAGAGAAAGCGGUCCAGUCGGGCAUGAUCAACCCAAACCGUCAGUGGCAGGUCUUGAAGCACAACGGCCCCGUGGCUCAGUUCCAGUUCCAGAUUAGGGUGACCUGCGACGAGCACUACUUCGGUUUCGGCUGCAAUAAGUUCUGCCGGCCCAGAGACGACUUCUUCGGCCACUACACCUGCGAUCACAAUGGAAACAAGACCUGCUUGGAGGGAUGGGCUGGCCCAGAAUGCAACACUGCCAUCUGUAAGCAGGGCUGCAGCACUGAGCAUGGCUCCUGUAAAAUGCCUGGGGACUGCAGGUGUCUGUACGGCUGGCAGGGAGAGUACUGUGACCAGUGUAUCCCUCAUCCCGGCUGUGUGCACGGCACCUGCGUCGAACCCUGGCAGUGCCUGUGUGACACCAACUGGGGAGGACAGCUCUGUGACAAAGACUUGAACACCUGUGGCACGCGGCAACCCUGUCUGAACGGUGGCACCUGCAGCAACACGGGACCAGACAAAUACCACUGUGCCUGUCCCGAUGGCUACUCGGGACAGAACUGUGAGAGAGCGGAUAACGCCUGUCUGUCUGAGCCGUGUCUGAACGGAGGCAGUUGUGUGGAGUCCAGUCAGGGCUUUGAGUGUCAGUGUGUGUCAGGCUGGACCGGACCGUCCUGCAACAUCAAUGAAGACGACUGCAGUCCGAACCCGUGCAAUCACAGCGGUGUGUGCGUGGACCUGGUGGACGGCUUUAAAUGCGUUUGCCCCGCUCAGUGGACCGGAAAGACCUGUCUCAUUGAUGCUAAUGAGUGCGAGGAAAACCCGUGCGUCAAUGCACACUCCUGCCGGAAUCUGAUUGGAGGAUACUUUUGCGAGUGCCUCCCUGGUUGGACGGGCCAGAAUUGCGACAUCAACGUCAACGACUGCCACGGACAGUGUCUGAACGGAGGACUGUGUAAGGAUCUGGUGAAUGGAUAUCGGUGUGUGUGCGCAGCAGGCUUCGCGGGUGAGCACUGCGAGCGGGACGUGGACGAGUGCUCGAGUCGACCCUGUCUCAACGGUGGACGCUGUCAGGACACUGUCAACGGGUUCCAGUGUCUGUGUCCACCCGGUUUCUCAGGGGCCGCGUGUCAGCUGGACAUAGACUACUGUGAGAGCGGCCCGUGUCAGAACGGAGCUCAGUGCUUUAGCCUGGCCUCAGAUUACUACUGUAAAUGUCCCGAAGAUUACGAAGGAAAAAACUGCUCCCAACUUAAAGACCACUGCCUCAUCACACCAUGCCAAGUGAUUGACAGCUGCACGGUUGCCGUGGCGUCGAACAGCACCCCGGGGGGCAUGCGGCUCAUCUCCUCUAACGUUUGCGGUCCUCACGGCCGCUGUCGAAGCCACGCCGGAGGACACUUCAGCUGCGAGUGUCAGGAGGGGUUCACCGGCACGUACUGCCACGAGAACAUCAACGACUGUGAAAGCGGCCCCUGUCGUAACGGCGGCACUUGUAUUGAUAAGAUCAACGCGUAUCAGUGUAUCUGUGCUGACGGCUGGGAGGGACACAACUGUGAGAGCGAUAUUGACGACUGCAGCAUGAACCCAUGUCGAGAUCGAGGAGUGUGCCGUGAUAUGGUCAAUGACUUUUACUGCGAGUGUGAAAAUGGCUGGAAGGGAAAGACCUGUCACUCACGCGAGAGUCAGUGUGACGAGGCCACUUGUAAGAACGGGGGCACGUGCUCUGACGAAGGCGACUCGUUUAAGUGCAUGUGCGCUCCGGGAUGGGAAGGAGCCACCUGUAACAUAGCAAAGAACAGCAGCUGCCUGCCGAACCCCUGCGAGAACGGAGCCACGUGCGUCGUGACGGGGGACGGCUUCACCUGCGUCUGCAAAGAAGGCUGGGAGGGGCCCACCUGCAGCCAGAAUUCCAAUGACUGCAACCCACAACCAUGCUAUAACAGCGGGACGUGUGUGGAUGGGGAUAACUGGUACCGCUGUGAGUGUGCCAGUGGAUUUGCGGGGCCGGACUGUCGAAUCAACAUCAACGAGUGUCAGUCAUCUCCGUGUGCUUUCGGCUCCACAUGCGUUGAUGAAAUCAACGGCUACCGCUGUCUGUGUCCGGCUGGCAGAACGGGCCCCCGGUGUCAGGAAGUCACGGGACGUCCGUGUGUUGUCGGGGGUCGGAUCGCCGAAGACGGAGCGAAGUGGGCCGAAGACUGUAACACCUGUUUCUGUCACAGGGGUGUUGUGAGCUGUACUAAGCUGUGGUGUGGCCCUAAACCUUGCCGUGUGCUGGGCUCGGGGAGAGGCGACUGCGCUCUGGGGCAGCUGUGUGUGCCGGUGCGGGACGAGCAGUGUUUCGUCAGGCCCUGCUCCUCUCAGGGCGAGUGCUGGUCUGCUCACCGUCCGGCCGCGAGAGCCCGCUGUCAGCCCGAGAGCGACUGCGCCAACGUCACCUUCACCUUCAACAAGGACACCAUGCCUCGGGGAGUGACGGUGGAGCAGGUGUGUCGUGAGCUCAGGCACCUGUACGUGGCGAAAAACGCUUCGGCCGAGUUUUCCAUCUCUAUGAGCUGUGAACUCUCUUCUGCUGCCAAUAAUGAGAUCCAUGUGGCCAUCCACGUGACCGAGGAUGGCAUUCACGGCCGGGUUCCUGUUAAAGAAAUCACGGACAGCAUCAUCGAUCUGGUGAGCAAACACAGCGCAAACAGCUCCAUCAUCGGCUCCAUCGCUGAGGUCCGUGUUCAGCGCAGACAACCACCCAACCCCAACGUAGACUACCUGGUGCCCCUGCUGGUGUCUGUAGUGACAGCGGUCUGGGUUUUGGCGCUGGCGUCCGUGUUCCUGUGGUGCUUGCGGCAUCGACGCAAACAGAGCUCCAGCCCCACCGCCAUCAACCCCUCGGCCCCCUACUCCACGGGCAGCACCGAAGACAACACGGUGAACAACGCCCGCGAGCAGCUCAACCAGAUCAAGAACCACAUCGAGAAGAACGCGUCCAACGGCAGCCUGCCGGGCAAAGAGCUGCACUGCGACGACAAGAACAGCGUCAACUCCAAGAUCAGGACGCAUUUCUCCGAAUCCGCCAGACUGGUGCAGGACGACUCCAGCAAGCGCCUGCAGAAGACGCGCUUCCCGCGUCAGCCGGCCUACAUGCUGGUGGACAGGGACGACAGGCUGAGCUCCGCCGGCCCACACUGGACUAAUAAACGGGAUAACAGAGACCUGGAGUCGCAGCACAGAGCUCCGGACGCACAGCCCAGAGAUCUGGACGCACAGCACAGCUUGCACAAAAUGGAGUAUAUCGUAUAGCGGACCGCGACUGUCGUUGCUACGCGAUGUCACAUGAUGUCAAGCGGACGAAGACGUCUCUCGGGAUCAGAGAGCUGGCUGUUGACUGUCACGACCGGGCCGGACAGUGUUUGUUCGGUCGGACCACGGGCUGGUCCGUUUUAUGGCGUCUGGGGGACGUCAUCCUGUGCUGAGCUUCUAGCCUAAAUCAGAAUGUACAGUAGUUGGCCAAAAUGUAAUUGCGUGAAUCUCACCGAAACACGUCCAGGUCGAAUUUCACCCUGAAUUCAGUAAACAUUUGAACGACGAUUACAGGAACGGUUCACCCGAAAAAUGACAUUUCUGUCAUUGUUUACUUAGCCUCAACCUUUAUGAGUUCGUUGAACGCAAGGGAAAAUAGCUCGAAGAAUGUCGGCAACCAGACAGUUGACGGUAGCCAUUGACUUCCACAGUUUGGAAAACAAAAAAUUAUAUGGGUAUCGUCAGCCGUUUAGUUACAUGCAGUCUACAAAGUAGCUCAUCUUGUGUUCGAAAGGAGAAAGACACUCGCACUGGUUCUCAACUUGAGGCUGAAAAAUAAUUUUUUUUGGCGAACUGUCCCUUUAAGCAACUUUUCCAUCCAAAAGUGAAAUACCGUAUUCAUAUACAGUACAAAAACUGUAAUACUAAGUGUUUUUUUAUGCAAAUCAGGAUACUGCGUAAUUAAAAUAACUUGAAUUAUUUGUUGCUUUUUUUGUAUUGCAUAACAUUUUUUAUAAUGAUAAACAAGCGACGUAAAAAUAUAAGUUGGCCUGAAAUUAGACAUGGAAAUGCUCUUGAGGGUCGCACCCAAAAAAUGUAUUUCUGUCAUCGUUUACUCAGCCUCAAGAUGUUUCAUUCCUUUGCAAAAUAAUUUAAAGAAUGCCGGUAACCAAAAAGAAGACGGUAGCCGUCCACUUCCAUAGUAUGAAAAAGAUUAUAUGGAAGUCCAUCAACUGUUUAGUUACACACAGUCUACAAAAUAUCUCUUCUUGUGUUCAUACGAAGAAAGAAACUCAUGCAGGUUGUGAAUUUUAAUCUGAAAUGCAUUUAUAUACAGUACAAAUACUAUAAUACGAAGAUUUUUUUAAUGCAAAUCCGGAUACUACAGUUAGAAUUGCUUGAAUUAUUCUUUUUCCUGUUUUUGUAUUGCAUAAAACCUUUAUAGUGCUAAACAACGGUUGUAAAAAAUAUAAUUUGGGGUGAAAUUAGACAUGGAAAUGUUUUUGAGGGUCUUGUGAGCUUCAUCCAGUUGAACUGCACGUGCAGACUGUGUUCAAUGUUUAUAAUGUAGAACUUAAUGCACCAGAAAUAGCUUGUGAAUUAUUUCCAAAAAUCAAUGAUGACUGGUGUAUCAUGUGCUCGAAGAUUGUAUUUAACUCCCAUUUAUUGGGUUCUUGACUGGAUUUUAUUUUCCCGCUCUUUCUAGCAGUUCAUUUUUAUUUAUUCUGCUCUUUUUUUUCUUUUUAUUUUGUACAGGCAAACAGGUCAUGCUUUUUUAGAAUUUACUUUCUAUAUGAAGAAGUUCACUGUCCGUUUAGAUGUUAUUGUAUAGAUGAAUUUGUACAUAUUUUCUAAUUAAUCACUGUGUAUAUUUGAUUUAUUAACUUAAUAAUCGAGAGCCUAUCGUUUGUUUUUAUUUAUAUACAUUGUUUAGGUGCGAGAAUGGGACCGCUUGUGUCCCACCUUUGUAUUUUUGGAUGGAAAAUAUUGUCUCUUAUUUCUGAAAUGCCAAAAUAAUAGUUUAUUUUUUGAAGAAUAGGUCGUUUGUGUCUAAAUCCAGAAUGCAAUGUGCAAUGUCUGUUUCAGAAACCAUGUGCAUGUCCUGAGACGUAGGCUAGAUGGUUUUUCCGUCUAGUUUUGAUACACACUUUGUCUGUUCAGAUACACUUUCGUAGAAUGUUACUUUAAAACCAUUCCUGAAUACGUUUAGCAUAUUUUCUGCUCAUAGCCGUGUUAAAUGAGUUCGGCAGCCCAGGAUAUCAAACAACGCUUGUCUAGAGUUUUCUGGUAAACCACAGUAUUCAAAUGUACUUUAACCAAAACGCCUAAAGGGAACGAGCAGUAUUAGAAGUGCAAUGUUUGUACAGUAAUAUAAAAUAUGAAGAAAACGGAACUGAAUGUGACACACGAGACGAAAAUGAAAUCAAAAUCACUUUAGUAGGCCACUUUUAUUAAUUGUACUUUACAGUCAGACCGCUGGACUGUGUUUUGGUUCAGUACCACGAAUUUGUUGAAUCGUUUUUUUUCUUCUUGUGUUUGUGAAAUCCUACGAAAAAGCAGAACCAUGAAAACAGAUCAUCCUGGGGUUUGUCAUGCAUUUUAAUUCAGUUGUUUACAUUAGGAUUCCUUAAAUCAAAUAAAAUUUCACUUGAAUGUUUUCAA